AUGGUCAACUGUUCGCGUUCUCAACCUCCGGAUGUAUCCGCCAACAGUUCGGUUCUCUCGAUUGUCUUCAUCUAUUUGGCACUGUUCAUGUUCGCUUUCAUCGGAAAUGUCACCAUGUUUUUGAUUCUUUGUCGAAACCAACUGGUUAAAGUGAGACGAGUCCACUCACUUCUACUCCAUAUGAACAUUGCUCAUUUGAUGGUCACUCUCGUUGUCAUGCCAAAAGAGAUUCUACACAAUUAUAUGGUCGCUUGGUUUGCUGGCGAUAUUAUGUGCCGCGUUUGCAAGUUCUUCGAUGUCUUCGGUAUCAGUCUCUCCAUGAACGUUCUCAUCUGUCUGACUCUCGACCGUUUCUACUCAAUCUUCUUUCCUCUCUACGCAAUGAGAGCUCGUAAAAGUGUCCAAUUGAUGGUUCUCAUCGCCUGGACAGUCUCUUUAGUCACCUCGGCCCCUCAACUUUAUCUCUUCAAAACUGCGCCUCAUCCAUGUUUCGAAUGGUAUACUCAAUGUGUCUCGAAGAAUUUCAUUGGGGAAAUGUCGAAUGAAGCUGUCUUCUACUUUUCGAUCCUCAAUAUAAUCCAAGUUUAUAUUGCUCCACUCAUUGUUACACUCGUUUGCUACUCUCUAAUUCUUUGGAAAAUAUCGAGAAAGACAAAGAAAGGAGACAAGGAGAAGGAAUCGGAGAAAUCUUCAUCGGAACUGCUGCUCCGUCGUAACGGUCAGAACAAUUUGGAACGUGCGAGAAGUCGUACUCUCAAGAUGACAUUUGUGAUUGUCCUUGCCUUUAUCUUCUGCUGGACACCCUACUCCAUCCUAAUGUUCCUUCAUUUCAUGGGACGAACCGAUUGGAUUCCACAGAAUAUUCGAAAGUUUAUUUAUGCAUUUGCAGUUUUGAAUUCGGCCAUCUCUCCGUAUCUUUAUGGAUAUUUCUCGUUUGAUAUCAAAAAGGAACUCCAACUUCUUUUCGCUUGUUCCAGAGCUACCGCAGCUGAUCGGCAUCUUUCUUGUUCUGCUAAUAUCAGCAGAAAUCCGACAAGUGAGAGAAUGCGGAAACGGAGUGCAUCGGCAUGCAACUUUGACGGAACCGUCUCCUCGACCGCCACCACCUCCACAAACAACACGUUGUCGCCCCGGCCACCCCGUGGACACAGUUUAAGACAUAAGGGCGAUAUGAGGAGGCAUCAGUCGGAGAGUCAACGGUUGAUGCUUAAUUGA